CCUAGUAAUUUUUGCAAAAGUUUACAACAUUGCAAUAUUGUUGACAUAUUCAGUAAUAUUAGGAAAAUUUACCUUUAUAUUUAAAUAACUCACAGAAAGACCCUUAAUUUGUAAAACAACAAUAAUCAAAUGUUACACCGUAAUGUAUUUUCCAAUAGGAUGGCCGAAAGUGUGCAAGAAUUUGGAAGCAGAUGGACAGGCAAUCAAACAAAUAGUGUCAAAUAGAGACAAAAUACUUUUUGUGUCCCUGACUGAUGAUUCUAUUAUUAUAUGGUUUUGCAAGCCUACUGUACCAAUAGUUUAUCAUAAGCGUAAUGAGGAUUCCCUACAGAGACUCGGUAUCAAUGUCGGCGUUGAAUGGAAACCUGACUCUUCUAUGAUUUGUAUAUCGACACAAGAAGGACAUUUAAUCAUCUACAAUGUGGAGCCACAAAGUGAACAGACGGCAUACAAUCAAUUUGAUCCACCUACAGCUAGCCUACGCAGGGAUUCAGCUGAGCUAUUUGUUAAAGAGAUGAUACCAUCACUUAAAAUAACAUUGUAUAAAGAAGUUCUAGUAUGGGAUGGACAGAUAACCCGUAUGUGUUGUAUAUCCGGUACAGAGAUUCUAGUGUGUACCACUCGCGCUCAUCUACUCAGGUACAGAUGGGACGGCACACAGAAUAGAGACUACUGCUUAGACCUAGGACGGAUACCAUUCUCUAUUAAUCAACAAGUUUCUAAAGCCGAACCUAUCCUUGAAGAUAACACACAUGUAAAUGAUAUUGAAUAUUCCCCAUUAGUCUGUGGCUUUGGUAUCACUCUGAAUGAUGGCCGGGCGGCAUACCUCACCGCUCCUAACCUGAAAUUUGAUCCAAAUGCAGUACAAGGAAUUUGGGCUCCGGGCAUUGAUGAUGCCACAUGUGCAAGAGUUAACCAUAAAUUUAGACUUAUUGCUAUUGGCAGAAGAAAUUCACAAGUCGACGUGUUUACGAUAGACGAAGUGACUGGGGGUUUGGAGUUGUCGCACACUAUGGUUCUCAGUUCAAAAGAUUUUCCUGGAGAUCCUGGACCUGUGAAGUGCAUUAGAUGGACAGCGGACGGUCGUGCGGUGGCUGUGAGUUGGGAACGCGGCGGUAUAUCAGUGUGGAGUACGUUUGGUGCACUGCUCAUGUGCUCACUGGCCUGGGAUUAUGGCCUCAGCCAGGAUCUCAGCAAACACAACCCCCUCGUCAUAUCCAGUAUGGAAUGGGCUACAGAAGGCUAUCAGUUAUGGAUGGUGAAAGUUGAAAGCGAUACAAGCUCGAAUUUAAUACAAAUGGAUUUCAUUAAAAGUCCGCUCAGUGUAAAUCCAUGUAUGAGCAAUCAAAGGCAUUUAUAUUUACAAGCAGAUGAUAAACUUUAUGUCAAUUUAGAAGACAACCUGACAAGAAAGACCAAGAUAUCAAUGAUUGAUUCAUCCGAUUACCAAGAGAAUGGUCUACCGGACCAGCACACACUUGAGUACGAUAAGAAAGCCAAGUACAAAGACUUUGUUGAUGACAAUGAGUGCAGGAAGCAAUGGAUUGUAUUGCCAUUACCAGCUACAUAUAUUGCUACCAAUUGGCCACUUAGGUACAGCGCUAUAGACGAUGCGGGCGUGAAUGUAUGUGUGGCGGGGCGCGCGGGUCUGGCGCACUACAACUGCGUCUCGCGACGCUGGAAGCUGUUCGGCAACGAGGCCCAGGAGAAGGACUUUGUCGUCACUGGCGGCAUGCUCUGGUGGAGGGACUACAUCGUUAUAGGCUGCUACAGUAUAUUGGAUGGGCACGAUGAGAUCCGUUUCUACCCGCGCGAUGCGAAGCUCGACAACAGGUUCGCUAAGAUGGUGCGUGCGCAGGCGCAGGUGUACGCGCUCGACGCACUCGACGAUCAGCUCGUCGUGUUCUCUGCGGACGCGCUCGUAACUAUUUACGAACUCAGUGUUGAGAAAAAUGGUGGUAUUGAGAUGCGUUGCGUGCAGGCGGUAGAUAUAUCUGCGCUGUCGCACCCGGCUUGCGUAGUGUCGGCGGCGCUGUGUCGCCUGCAGGAGCAGCCAGGCCCGCCGCAUCUCGCGCGUCCUCAUGCGCCCGCGCACGCGCAACCCACGCCCCUAGCGCCGCACUCACUGGUAAUAAAUGCCAGCGGGAAACUAAUGAUGGUGCAGAGAGAGGAAUACGACGUCGAUGAAGAUAACAAUCCGUCGCGGGUGACAGCUAGUCCUAUAUAA